CUUAAAUUAAAUGGAUAGCAUCGGUUCGGUUAAAAUGAUCAUAGGAUUUUGUAACACCAUUUGACUUCAUGUUCGAUGAUGGAAUGCGUACCUUCUCAUUUUAUGACGGCACCUGUGCCGUGUGCCGCGCUAUCAACUCAUUUACUUUCGCAUGAGAAGCUAAAGGAGUGCAUUUUAAUUUCUGGUCGCAAUGCCAAUGACAACCAGAAUCGUCUUAACAUUGUGUUAAGUCAGACAAUUGAUGUAAAUUGCGAUGGCGAGGAUCUUCCACAAUGGCAGAUGCCGAUUGCAUCGAGUGGAGAUUGGCUUCUUAUGCAGCGUAAUUUGUCGCCAUGUGUAGUUUGCGUUCGUGACUGGCAGCAUUUUGUAGUGGAUGGAAACUACAACAGUCCAAGGGCAGAGGAUUCCUCGGUGGAAUCAUGUGUGUCGUCAUCGCCGAAUACACCCGAAAGUUUUGCAAAAGUAGACACUGUGAGACAUCUUAAUGGAAAUAACCGUGAUGAGCUACUUUACGGUGACCUGAAGCAAUUGUCGGACCUGAUAAAGUCGGAUGUUGAUCGUUGUAUUGCUACUUAUCGCCGCAAUUUAUUGGAUAAAAGUCCGGUUUCGGGUAAGAUAAUGUUUUUGAUUUUACUUCGUGAGGGAACUAAGAAUGCACAGAAGGCUGUUAAUGGGUUGAAGAACUUGAAUCCAAGUGAAGUAGCGGCUAUAUGCGUAACUAGCGGUGAGAAAGACAUAGAAAGCAAGGUAUCGAAGCUUGAGACUCUGAUUUACGACAACUGUAUUUCCUACUAUGAGCGGCGCAUCCACAUGUUACAGAAAACUCUGUCUAAGGUCAAGCAUAGUACAGGUUCAGAUGUAGACGAGACCAGUGAGAUCAAUACCGCUAUGAUGUACUUUAAAUUAGCUUACUUCCAGCAAUUUAUUGGCAAUUUGAAGGAGAGUGUACAAUGUUUAUCGCAAGCAUGGAAUCACGUGGUUCCUGCAGCUAUAGUUAACCCUUGUGAGGACUAUGCCACGGUGGCGCUCUAUAUAUCACUUCAGCUUGUAAGCGUUCAUUUUCUCAACUCCAAUAUCGUAGAUGCACUUACAACUGCUUUUGAGGCUGGAUCUUUUUUUAAACGUAUUUUAUUCAAGCCCGAUUCAGAGCCCUUGUACCAUAACAUUUGUUAUCUGUUGUAUCAUUCAGUGGCUCUCCAUCUAGAGCGUGCCAACGAUUACAAGGAGUUGAAGGAAAAUGACCAUUUAAAGCACCAUGCUGCUAACUUUGGUAAAUGGGCCAUUCAGCAUUUGCUUAAAUUGCGUAUAUCGCUGAUGUCAGGUGACUAUAACUCAUAUCCUCGCAAGGUAUUUGCCAAUUUGUUAUUUCGUGGUGACGAUGAUUUCGGGCAUCUAUAUGAAUCAUUUAGUGAGGAAUCCAAUACAGGCACCGUAGAACAGCGACUGCACAAUCUGGAGUCAAUCACUGAGCAACUAUUGGUCCGUCUUAUGGAUAUAGUGUCAACAUGGAGUUGGUACAACUCUCUGCUUCAGGUAACUGAGCUGUUGGGUGACUCACUGUUAUAUUCAUCAAGCUUCGAUGACGCGUUCUUUAUAUACAAUAAUGUAGCUGAAUCAUUGGUCAAUGGAACUCCACUGGAUGCUGAAUAUCUGUUGAAACGGUGUUCGUCGUUAAUUAUAGCUGAGUCAUUAAAGACCACAACUACAUCUCGGUCAGCCCGAAGUAUGGAUUCUGAAUCCGAUGAAGAAUCCAUCCAGCUUCCCAAUUACCACAGGUGUGCCAUUACCAUGCUAUUGGCUGAACGUGCUCAUUGUCGUAUUUGGUGGUUCAUAUAUCGUCGUAUAUUAAUCAAGAUAUUAGUGAGCAUUGACUUUAUAUUAGGUGUACCGCUUGAUAUCCCAAGUACGUUACGAUCACAGGGUAGUAUUCCGUCAGUAAUUUGGCAGAGACUAUCGAAUUGCGAGCCACGAUACUUGACUGGAGGCCUUGGAUAUAGUAUAGAACUUGAUAAACGUGAUUACGCGAUGAUUUUAUUGAAAGGUAUAAUGACAUUAUGUUCCACCGGUGAUGUUAAUGUUGACUUUGCUUCGUUAUGCCAUCGCCUGUUUAUGAAUUCUCCAUUGCGCGAUGUCACCACGUCAGUACUGUUAAGCAAAUACCACACUCCCUUCUAUAUGAUAGGCCAGGUUAAUCGAAAGGAGGAUAGCAUAUCCACUCAGCUUCAGCUGGUUGUAACAUUCCAUGUUGAUUUGCCCUUCGCUAUAGAUAUCAAUAAAGUCAGCAUUUGCACAUCCAUUGGCACAUUCCUUUUUGACAUUGUGAAAACCGUUGAAACACCCAGUCAAGUAGAGCUUUACAUAAAGGCUUCCGGGUGUAGCGAAGAUGCUGUUUCUCAAGGUAGUGAUAUCCAAAAUUCUCAAGAAUAUGAUCGAUAUAACGAAUUUCAGCAAGACUAUCCGAGUAAUACAUCCCAUAUCAUGGGAUCAAUGCUUCAAGGGGAAGGCGAUACCACUGGCUUUGCUGAAGCCAGACACCUCGAGGGUGAUAGAAGAGUCAUUUUGGCUAUAACGUGCCCUCCUGUUAACAACCAGUUCAUGAUAAAUUGCUUUAGCCUGCUUGGUGUCAAGCUGCACUGGAUAAAGCCGCUGUAUGAAGGUGCAUUUCUGGAUAUCGCUUGUAUAAUACCAUCCUUGGUAAAUCAAACGGCGGGCAUUACUCGUUUAGAUGAACCCCUAUUCGAAGCUGACUCAGUGAAGGAUACAUUCAGGCUAUUGCAUAACGUUGGAUAUGUUGGUUCAUCGAGCUCAUUCUUGAAAUCCGAAGAGACACUAUCAAUGACUAUGGCAGAUCCCAGUAGUGUUGCGCUCCGUAGCUCCAUGUGUGAGACCAUUAUGGAACUGACAGCUCUGUCACCGAUACCAUACGGUUUGCGUGACUGGGAUAACAGCGACACGGACACCUAUUCUUGGGGUGCAUAUCGCAUGUUUGUAAAUCGCAUAUACUUUAAAGUUUUUCUUGGCAGCAUUGUUGAGGGCCACGUCGCUCCUGUAUCCUGUGUAUUGUUGUACAACAAGCAGAUUAUAGGGUCUGAUAACUUGGGUCGAAUUCGAUUUUCUGUGGACGUCUCUUGCAGUGCUAGCUCUCAUAUAUUCUAUGCGCUCUGUCGUGACGAUGCUAGCAACUGUGGUAUCAUGCGCCAAUGCGUGAAUAACCAAUUUGUUUUUAGUUUGAAUGAGUUUGCUGAUGCUCAAUCAUUUGAGAUAGCUCCUAGGUUGGACUCUCUCGGUGUUUCUGAGGUUGAUGCCGUUGUACCAACACUGUUUGCUGACUCUCCGGAUUUCAACUGCAGUAUAAAUGAGGAUAUGAACAAUUUCUUGGAAUUGGCUAAACGUGACUGUAACAUUGGCAUCGUUUACAUUUACGGGUUGCUUAAGGUCCUGUCUCACGGUCAGACCAACGUGCAGUUUAGUUUAAAGAUGCAGCCUAUGCUAGGUCACACUUUGAAGGCUGUGGAAUCAGAGCUACUUGUAGUCACUGACGUAUCACAAAUUCAGGUACACGAACCUAUCAGUAUGGCUCUUGGAGAGGAACAUGUAUAUGACAGCACCAAUGGUAGCCAUAUCCGUAUGCUCAACGUCCAGUUGGUCAACAAGAGCCCUCUGCAAUACGAUAUCGACACUGUCCGAUUAGUUUACAAUGAUGAACUUGACAUUGAAAAUGAGAGUCUUUAUGGAUUCUGCCGACUAUUGGAAUAUUAUCAGGAGCUGCAAUUUAUGCAUAUGUGCCCUGAAUCUGCCAAUUCAGUGGAGGCUCAAUGUAUACAUUCGGUAGUACACCCGGAAGCCUUCCCAUUCGACCGUUUACAGACAUGCUUCUUGGAUGUUAUCACUUGUAACAUUGUAAUAUCUAACUCUAAGGAAGCCGCUGAAGUACAUAUAUCAAUUAAGCACGCAAGUACUGUGUUUUUAGGCCAACCUUUCGAGGUGAUUGCCAAUAUUACUAACACAACAUCGCAUACCCUGGACUAUAUAGUAAGCAUUAAAAGCAGGGAAAACAAGGACGGUGUGUUCUCAAUUGCAGGCGCGCGAGUAGCCGAGAUGAUUGCGCUUCCUAUGUCUACGCGGUGUGUUCGUUGGAUGCUAGUGCCAAAUAAGUGUGGUCAUCAAAUGAUACCGCGAGUCGAUGUUUACCAGAAGAGAAGGCUGACCCUUCCAUGUGACAACUUCUCUUCAGCGCCGUCGAUCGUAUACGUAACACCGCAGGCCGUUGACAAUAGAUAACUCAGUGCUUAAAAGGGUAGUAGACAUUC